AUGCGUAUCUCUACCCCAGCCGUCCUCUCGCUUGCAGGUAUGUCGUGUACCCUGCUCAUGCACCCCCAAGGCGACGAAGGGCCUUCAGAGGCGACGAUGGAGAUGCUCCAGAGUCUCAAGGACGCGCAGGCCAAGGUGACAUUCUUCACCAACGCGACAUGGCUCCAAUACAUGCAGUACGCCGGAGUAACCCGCCACGCCUACAUGGACGGCCACCUGAUCGCCAUGACCUACCGCCUGCCCUCCGACACCUCCAAUGGUCUGACCGACAACGAGAUCAAGGAGGACAUUGGCCGUGCCUCGCGCACAAUCCAGGAUCUGAUCGGCGUCUAUCCCAAGUACAUGAAGGUCCACGAGGCCAGUGUCAAGGACCCACGUCUGCUGGACAUUGUCAAGUCGAUGGGGUACACCCUUGUAGGCUUCAACUUGGACGAGUACGACUACAAGUACAACACCCUUGACAAGGCCGGUCAGAUCGCGGAGGUUUAUAAUUCGAUCUUCUCCAAGCAACAGGAAGCCUAUGGUCGCAAGGCGUCGUACAUUGUUACGGGGUAUGAUGUCCCCACCACGGGUGCUGCGGCGGCGCUUCCAAAGGUUAUCAACACCAUCAACGCUCAUGGAUAUGAUAUGGUCCGUCUGGAUGGAUGUGUGAACGACAAGUACCCCUACAAGAAGGAUCCCAUCAAGGACAAUGGAUACGUGAAUGACGCAAAGUCAUUUGGUGGCCAGGAGUACAAGCAUGGGCAGGUUAAUGUCAACGUCAACAACUACAGCCCUACGGCAGGAAAAGGCCCUGGACACGACAAUACCAGCAAGGGAACUACUGGUGGUGAUCACUUCGCGUCGAGUGCCACCAGGACGACUGCUGUUGUGUCGGCCAUGCUUGCCGUCCCUGCCGUCCUCUUCUCCUUCUUCCUCUAG